CACUUCCUAUUCUCACUCUCAUCUUGUUUACAAUUUUCACGUUGCAAAUUUAAGCUCUCGUUCAGAAGUCUUUGAGACUGUGUCUUUGCCGAGAUGCCUGCCAUGCCAAGUGGAAGCUUGUAUCAAUCCCAGGGGCCCAGCUGCUGGGACAGAGUCAAGAUUGGUUUUAUGAUGGGCUUUUCAGUUGGACUGGCAACUGGAGCACUCUUUGGUGGCUUUACUGCUAUCAGGUAUGGCUUGAGAGGUCGUGAGCUGGUGGGCAAUGUUGGCAAAGUGAUGCUACAGUCUGGCGGAACAUUUGGCACCUUCAUGGCUAUUGGCAGCGGCAUCCGCUGCUGAAUACUUAUGCUCUCUGGCCAUGGCGUCGAGCCAUUUUAUUACGUAUUGGAAGUUCUUGUAUGAAGCAUCUGUGGUGCUAUAUUUGUUAUCCUAUAUUCUCGACGUAUGGACUUGCAGAAUUAUGCCUGUGCAAAUUUUUGGGAGGUUUUCAUUGCCUUUCUGUGUGUGUAUAUUAUAUUGAUAUGCUCAGGAUAAAGCAGUGAUUGUAACAUUGUGGAAAUGACAAAAUAUCAAUGCCUUUAGAAAUAUUGUCAAGGUUACCGACCAACUUAGCUCUUUACCGACCGAGGUGGAAAGUGGCAUGUUGUCAAUUUGUUUUAUGUGCUAAUCUCAUAACAUUUGUAUGUGAACUAUCGUAGCUGGUCGUGCCUUUUGCUUAUUAAAAAUUCAUACAUACUGCCUAAUUGUAGUGGCUCACUUAAAUUUCGCUAUUACUUGUAACUGGUGCAUUUCAUUUAAUUCUUUCACUGUAGCAGAUAGGCGCAACAGAAACUUAAAUGCAUAAUAUUUAGCUCCGUGUAAUUCAAUUCAAAUUUGGCGGAAAAGAGGGAGAUUGAAUUAUGCGUGACUUCAGUCAUGACUUGUAGAAAAAGAUGAUAUUGGAUCGAAAUUGACUUGGUGUCAGUACUUCUGCGUGUUUGUGAGGUAGAAUUACCGGCAUGUUAAAGUUGUUGACAUGAUGACGAAAGUGCCACAAGUUAAGUAGAUAGAAUCUUCCUAACCGAGAUUAAAGCUGGGUUUCUAAAUGCAUACUUUGCUACCCUUAAUUUUGUACAGCUCAUAUUAUUUCAAACAUUAUCUCGUAUGCUUUAACCUUGUAUCAAUUAUUUAUACUCUCGAAUCAAGUUGCUUAUCAAUUGUAUGAACUGUCUAAGUUUUAGCCCUCAUCACCAAUUUUUUGUGUAAAGAAAAUUUGAAACUGGAGUUUUGAGAUUUUCGAUUCGAGUCAGUUGACAAAUCUCUGUACUAUUUUUUUUCUUUGUGUUAGGCUAAAACUUUAUUAUUUUUAUUAUGCUUGGUUGGAAGCAUUCCAUAAUUAUUUGAGCUACGUUACGCAUUAUAUAUUGCUCAUACCAGCCAUACGUCACUUGUAAAUAUAUAUAUACAGUUCUGUUGUCAUCCAGCCGUAACUUGCGUUUUCAAAUAAACCGUGUCUAAGUGCU